AUGACAGAAGAGUGCGCGCGAACAGGAAGUUGUCAACUGUCUCAGGAACAACUUCUUCACCUCUGGGGUCAGUAAUCUUAACUUACAGCAUCCAAGGUUUUUUGUUAUUCCAUCCAAAUUGUCAUAUCGUAUUUCAGGGAACAAGACAAUAAAACGGACCAUGAGCAGUCUUUCUGGCCCAGCUGUCCAUUCGUUAGGCACAAAACCAAAGGUAAGCAUUGCUGCAGUUUGGGUUACUUUUCCAGGUAGCUACUCCCGGGGUUGUGGCCAAGAUAGAGCAGUAUAAAAAAGAAAACCCGACUAUUUUUGCAUGGGAAAUACGCGAACGGCUAAUACAUGAAGGUAAGUCAGUCUUAAUACCCUUAAUUGCAUGAUAGCUGUAUGUGAUCAACCUCCAAGUGUGAGUUCCAUUAAUCGGAUAAUCAGGACAAAGACGGCGGAGAAAACCGCAGAAGGCCUCAGUUUGCUGCUUAAGAGUCACUCUGUUUUCGGAUUUAACAAUCAUCUUCCUCAGUAUAACGACCAUACAAUAAACCCAUCUGGUAUGUGGCAUUUCAUGAUUUUUUGAAACCUAAGGAAGACAUUAAAUUUUCUGACUCAUGCUUGAUUUUUUUAGUAAAUCCCUUCCCGAUCCCUGCAUUACUCCAGAUACAGGCUUUGUUGCAUAAAACAACUGCAAAUCAAAGUAAAUACACACUGUUCCCAACGCCCAGACGAUGUUCUCGGAGUAGUUUUACAACUGGUAUGUAACGUCAUAUCACAUUAACUAUAGCCUCAGAGCAACUUCAUGUGCUAGAAAGGUCCUUUGAACUAUCCCAAUACCCGAGUAUCGAAGAACGACAGCGUCUCUUCAAAUUGACCAAUAUCCCCGAUGCCCGAAUUCAAGUCUGGUUCUCCAACCGACGAGCCAAAUCCAGACGAAUUCAUCAAGAUCAGAAUCAACGGAAUAGAUACCGCGGUAAUUCGAUGGACGCAUCUCCCAAUAGUGCCUCAGGCCAUCCUUUUAGCAUCGAUAAUAUCCUCAGUGAGGACAUUAAAGGGCCCUUCGAUUAA